AUGGAAGGAGAUGAGGAGUGGCUGGAUGAUCAACCAGAUAAUAUCAACCCUGAAGACUUUGUUGUUUUGCCAAGUGGCAAACAAAGAGCAGUUUGGAAUAAAGAGUUGGAGAAGUCACUCGUUGAAAUCCUUCAUGACUACAAAGAUAGUGGAUGCAGAGGAGAUAAUGGCUGGAACUCAGAAGGUUGGAAUAGAAUGGUGAAGGAAUUCCAUACUCGGAACAGAUACAUAUCAUUCAGCAAAAGUCAAAUUCAAGAGAAGGAAGGUCAAUUAAAGAGAGAUUACAAGAUGUUGAAAGCGGCAAGACAACAAAGUGGGUCCUCUUGGAACGAAAAGAGAUGUAUGGUCGAGGGAUCUUCAGCUAUGUGGGAUAACUUGGAACAAUCGUUCCCAAAGAUCAAGAGGUUUCGAAACAACAAAGCCAGCUUUCCAUUGUAUGAAGCACUUGGUGAGCUAUAUGACGGCCAUCUUAUUGAGGGAAAGUACAACUGCACCACCAUUGAUUCAAUGGAAGAUGAAGCACCCCUCAACCUGCUACCGGAAUUGGAUGAUGAUGAUGAUGUUGUGCUGCUUGACGAGCAAAGAUACUCAAGAGAGGAAGAAAUUGAAGAUCCAGAUGUAAGUGAGGUGCAAAGAAACUUGAGAGAGCAAGGAGACAUAGUUGACAAAGAAACUCAAGCUGACUAAGCUGACAAAGAAACUCAAGCUGAGAAAACUAUGACUGAAAAGCAAAUAA